CAUUGACCUGCAGCUUUAGAGCGGGUAGACGAUAGUGGCGCUACAGCUGACUUAGCAAACCAGCAGGAAAUGAAAAGUGGGACUCAACAACUUCCUGAGAAUGAUAUGGGUCCCCUAGCGGCUUCGGAUAAGUUAAUGGAUGGGUCACCCAGUGAUAACCUGAAGGAUGCAGAUGAGUUAUUACUAGAAGAUAUCCGUGAUCAGAUCCGAUAUAUCGAAAAAUCUGUAAUGACCAAAGAGAUAUAUUAUAUGACAAGGGUUGUGCGUGGCCUGUCUGGCGUUCGUCGACGACUCAAUUGUAAUGUUUUGAGAGGCUUAAUGCAAGGUUAUUUCCCAAAUCCUUCCCCACAAAAGACUUAUUUUUUGGAGUUUCUCCCUGAGGCAAUGGACACUGAUUGUCCGUUAUCAUCGUUCCGUCCUCGUGCUGGAAAGCUUAACACCCCAUUAAUACCUGAGGUAGAGGUAUACUUGCACCUCCUACUUGUAAUGUUUUUGAUUGAUGAAAACCACUUAGAAGAGGCAUGCAAAUGUUCCAACCUCCUAAUGGAUCGUUUAAGUGCCACUGGUCGACGCUCUAUGGCACUCCUUGCAAGUCGGUGUUAUUAUUAUCACAGUCGUAGCUACGAACUUGUUGGACGCUUGGAUUCUGUGCGAUCAUUUUUCCAUGCUCGUUUAUCAACUGCUACUCUUAGAUCAAAUUUUGAUACUAAAGCUGUGCUAAUUAACUUGUUGUUGCGCAACUAUUUGCAUUAUCAAUUGCAUGAACAAGCACAUAAGCUUGUCUCACGUGUAGUAUUCCCGGAAAGUGCGCCAAAUAACGAAUGGGCUAGAUAUUUGUAUUAUUUAGGUAGAAUCAAGGCAAUACAAUUAGACUAUUCAUCAGCUCAUGAACAUCUGGUUUCUGCUUUGCGUAAAGCUCCUCAACACACAGCCAUUGGUUUUAAGCAAACCUUGCACAAAUUAAAUACAGUUGUAGAACUAUUACUAGGUGAACAGCCAGAUCGUUCUAUAUUUCGUCAAACGACAUUUAAAGCUGCUCUACAACCAUAUUUUCAGCUGACUCAAGCAAUUCAUGCAGGAGAUUUAUCUCGAUUUAACGAUACCCUUCGAGUUCAUGGAGCUCAGUUUUCAGCUGACAAAAUGUAUACACUAAUUAUUCGAUUACGUCAUAAUGUCAUUAAAACCGGUGUUCGACGAAUAUCCUUAAGUUAUUCUAGAAUUUCUCUAGUAGAUAUCGCCAAAAAGCUCCAAUUGGAUAGUGUCGAAGACGCAGAAUACAUAGUUGCAAAGGCUAUUCAUGAUGGUGUGAUUGAUGCUAUAAUUAAUCAUAAAGAAGGUCAUGUAACUACAAAUGAAACGUUAGAUUUAUAUUCAACACGUGAACCUUUUAAUCAAUUUCACCAACGUAUUAAAUUUUGCCUCAGCAUACAUAAUCAAGCGGUCAAAGCAAUGCGUUAUCCCCCGAAACAAUACUCUAAAGAUAUUGAAUCUGCUGAAGAACGUCGUGAACGUGAACAACAAGAGCUUGAAAAUGCGAAGGAACUAUCUGAAGAUGAAUUUGACGGAUUCCCAUGAAUCUCAUUCAUGUUGGCAUUAAUAAUAAAUGACAAUGAAUAAUACUUAUUCCCUAACACGAUCCAUUUUUUAAGACUCAAUUGUUUUGUAUUGAAUACUUUUUGUGACAUAUAUAUAUAUAUGUCCAGUAAUCUUGUAGCAUACCAUGUUAUUGUUGAAAAAUUUGUCUGGAAUU